CGAUAGUUUACAGUAAACAUGCAAAUUGUUUUCAAAUUAUGAUUUUAAAAAAAAUGUAAAGGAAUGAUUUAAAACUAUGGUUCCAAUAGGGUACCAUCAUACAUAUGUCCAUAUCUAUGCAACCAGUAAAAUGAUUGUUCAUAAUAAACUGCCUAGCAUCCUUAGAGAAUAAACCAUUUUCCUUACGUCAAAUAUCCAAAUUAAAAACCGUCUUAUAAACAAUGGAAAAUUAAGUUUUUUGGGUGCGACUUGAAAUGUGCCUUAUUGUAACUAUUUAAGUUAAUCAGUAGUUACCUCCAACCCAACCAGCAAUGAAAUCAAUAAUAAAUACGUCUUUCAUAGUUACAUUGACCAAGGAAUUCGAUUAUUUGAAAUAUCUUUGCUUUCGCUUGGAACUCUGUUAAGAUGUGAUUGAAUUUUCAAUUCGUUUUUGUUAAAUUAUAAAUAGUUUAAAUUGACGUUGAAGUGUUAUUUGAGGAAUGACACUUGCCAAUGUUUGGCAAAAUAAUUGUAUAUCAUGUUAUCCCGAAAAAAUAAAGAUUUAAGGGCAAUAAAAGAAGGGGUUGUGGGAAAGUAUGUAAAAAAAGACACACCACCUGAAAUGCCAAUUAUAAAUGUUUGGACUACAGAACCAAAAAGGCGUAUUUCAAAUCAAGGUAGAUCUUCUUUACCUCCACAGACUACAAACGUAAACAAUUUGCAUAAUACCGUGCAGAAAUUUGGAAAUCAAAAGGCCACUGUGAGUGAUGUUGGACUUGGGGCUCAUGAGGGAAAAUAUACCCCAAGUUCUUCAGUACCUGAUCUAGCCACAAGAUUUGCAAACUUAUCUGUCGGUAUUUCGGCAGAAAAUAGCAGUGUAUUAAAUUCUACUUAUAGUAGUACCUCCAAUCUUAAUACAUCUCAUCACAUCUAUGUAAACCAGCCAGUGAGCUCAGCUUAUGUUGAUAAUUUUGCUAACAAUGCAAAUUAUGUAGAGAUCGAUCAAAUCUACCCUCUGCCGGCAGAAACUAGAACUACCUACAAUGAUAUCUAUAACAGAACAAACUCGCCAAUUUACCAAAAUACUCAAGACAGUAGUCAUGAGACCCCAACAACACCUAUUUACAGCAAUACCAACUUGGAAAGAUUUAGAAGUCAAUAUCAAGGAAUGUCCUAUGGAGAAUCUUUGGCGCAAAACUUAAAACAUAGUUUGGGAAGAACUGAAAGCACUCAAGAUCAAUCAGAAGAGCUACCUCUGCCACCUGGUUGGUCAGUUGAUUAUACUUUAAGAGGGAGAAAGUAUUAUAUAGAUCACAAUACAAAAACAACUCACUGGUCUCAUCCUCUUGAAAGAGAAGGAUUACCCACAGGAUGGCAAUGCAUACAAUCUCCUAUGUAUGGAGUUUAUUAUGUUAAUCACAUAACUAGGCAAGCACAAUAUGAGCACCCAUGUUUAGUUCCUUGUUACAAUUAUGGAAAUUUUACGCCUCAGACAUAUCAGAGGUAUUUACCUAUGAGACCAACUCAUUAUCAGCCUCACAGUGUGUUAGUACCAGCUAAUCCUUAUUUACUUGAAGAGAUUCCACACUGGUUGAAUGUUUAUUUUAAAAAUAUUUUAGCUAGCACAGAACUAGACCACAAACUAAGAUGGGAUAUGUUUCGUCUGUCUGAACUUGAAUGCUACAAUGCCAUGCUUACAAGACUUUACAAGCAAGAACUACAAAAUAUAGUUAUGAGAUAUGAGUCAUAUAGAUCCGCUUUAAUGGUGGAAAUGGAAAAAUUCAGGACCAAUCAGACGGAUCCUAGACUGUGAUUUGUGUACAAAGUGUUCCUUAAAUGGUGUGAAUAAUUUUGCAGUAUAAGUUUAGUUAUUUUAAAAUUGUAUAAAAUAUUUAAAAAUUAAUAAAUUCAAUAGUUUUUGAUGUUUUGUUUUAAAGGUUUUCAUUUUCUACAAAGAGAAAAUAUGUACUUUCUGCUUUAGCCAUGAGUAUGUGAUAUUUCAAUUAUAAGUUCUGCGGUCUGCCAAGUGUAUAGUAGAGUUUGUUACUAAAGGCAAGUUUCCUUUUUUAGAACAUUAUGUAAUUAUAUACCAUAUGAAUAAUAAA